AUGACAUUUCUUGAUUCCAACACAAUCAUAACCCUAAUCAAAGUAAUGGAGUUCAUCAAUGACAUCGAGUAUCCAAUCAAGAUGUCCACAACCAUCUCAAAAAUGUCCAUCAACGAGCUCCAAGCCCUCCGCAGAAACUGUGAAAACAUGCAAACACAAUAUCUGGACGACGUUCAAAUGGAAAAGUUGGUGGAUCUUCUCGUAAUAGCCGAUCUCGCGGAACGAAGACAUCGCGAGCAAAAGAAAGCCAGCAACAUUCCUCUUCCAUCACUGGACUUUGAUGAACAACUUUACGUUAAUGCGCCCCCUUCAUCUCCAUGGAAAGUAAAGCUCUCUCCUCCAGAGCGUUUGGAUAGACUUGCCGAAUUAUUGGCCUCUCUUCCAGAAAAGGUUGGCCUUGGUGGAACUCCAUCUUCUCCAGCAGAACUUCCUGCGAUUCCAACCCAUUUCGACGUCGGUAUCACAAAAACCAGUCCUCCCUUUGGGGAUGUGACUGCUGGUAUAGAGGAAAAGUUAGCAGACAAAUCUUCAAUUGGGGAAGUAGCCCAGAAGGGGAGUGACUCUCGAUGCUUUGCCAAAUCGACAAUUCAAGAAGGUACGUGUUUUAGCUGCAACGCACCUCACAUCCGUACAAGAGCAGGAAUGCAGAGAUCAAUGAACCCAAUCUACGAAGAGCAGAUGGAAGCUGACGGAGAGAAAGUACAAGCAGCUCAUAAGAGACCAACCCACCGGGACUGCGUACCUACGAAGAAAUCAACCACUUCAUGUCGAGAUGCAACCCACAAUUCCCCAUUAAUUGGACCAGAAGUUGUCAACCCAACAAAGAACAACAAAUCUGAGGUCGUGAAUUUCAAGGUUGACGAAAGCGUCAUCGAUUCCUAA